AGUCCAGCCUUGUAUUAUCGUUCUUUGCUGAGAACUCGAUGUUCUUCUGUUUUAUUUUCGAGUUGUUCUGAGCAAACAUUACAAAUGCGUGACGUGUUUGCAGAGCAGACAGUCAAGUCCAGGCGUGUCUGCAGCAUGGGCUCAACAAUAUCCGCACUUUAAUCUCUACACCUGCACUUUUAUUUGUUACAUUUUAUGGGGAUUUUUUUUUACGGCUGGUUGACAUGUCGCGCUGACAAGCCACUCUCGGUUUCGAAAGGUGUCAAAGAGCAUGUGAAGGGACUCAGAAAUGGAGGCACCUGAAGCACACUCGGAGAAUCAAAACACAGAGGGCUUUUUCCAAAGGACAUAUUCAGCUCUAACUGUGGACAAUGUUUAUGAAAUAGCUAAACUGAUCGGCACCGAGGUGGAGAAACUUAUCGAUGGCUUUGGCAAAGACAGCGUCGUGGGUCUUGUACCGAAAAUAGUGAAAGUGCUGGAGCUGCUGGAGAGCUUCGCCUCCAGGAACCAUGCUCACAAGCUGAGGGAAGAGGAGCUGCUGAAGACUUUCGAAACCAUACAGCUUCAACAGCAGAAGAAACGUGUGGGAAAGGAGAGCGACGAGGCCAACGAGAAAAAUGAAAUACGGGAGCUGCAGCAGAAGGAGCAGCAGUGGAAGACGAGGUGUGAGGAGCUGCAGGUCCAGGUGCAGCAGCUCCAGGACGAUGGGGAGGAGCUGCAGAGCCGGCUGAAGGGCAGCCAUGCACAGGAAGACCGUGUCCAGCGGCAGGAGCGAGAGGUGAUGCUGAAGCUGAAGGAGGUGGUGGACAAGCAGAGAGAUGAGCUGAGGGCCAAAGUCCAGGAAAUAACCACCAUCUCCAAAGAGGUGGAGGCGCUCCAGGAGCAGUUGGAGCGCUUCAUGAAGAUGAAUGCGGAGCUGCGACAUAAACAGAAUGUGCUGCAGGUCCAGCUGAAGAGCGUCGUGGAGAGGAAGGCCGACAUGGAGGCUGACCUGAAGGAGAAAACCAAAGAGAUCGAAAACCUCCAAACACAGCUGGACAUAACCAACAGCAACGGCCCUUCAAAUAGGAAUCAAACCGCCUCGGAGUCAAAGAAACAGUCCACGGUUGAGCAGAAGGACCCCGAUCCGCCAUGCUUCACCAAGAAGGAGGUGCGUGGCAUCCUUUUCGAGAGGAACGAGCUCAAAACCAACCUGUUCCUGGUUCAGGAGGAGCUCAACUACUAUCAGAGAGAGAUCCUGAAUGAGGAGAGGUGUCCAGGUUUCCUUUUAGAAGCUGUCCGCUCUGCUAUCAAAAAAAAAAGAAAGCUCAUCAAGGCAAAGAUGCUCGGGAUUCCUGCCAACGAUUGCAGCAGCAGUGAUGAGGAGGAGAGGAGUUCUCUGUUUGGGCAGACAGAAGUAGACGGGGCUGAUGUUGAUGACACCGAGAAACCAACUGAGUCUCGCAUUCGAAACCUCUUUGGCUUCCUGACGCGGUCGGGCAAUGGACGGAGCCCCGCCCACAUCAGCAGCUCCGCCUCCAGCUGGGAGAUCAUCGGAGACUCAGAGGCCGGCGUGGAGACGGGGCAGCAUUGACCGUCCCCCCUGAGCCUGGUACCCACCGCAGCCUCACCCUUCUUCCCUUAGUCACAUCUCCUUCCUCAGCUUGUAACAGAAAAUGUUGCCGUGACUCAGGAGAAACAUAACAAGGACAUUUGAAGGCAGCCCCACACAAAAGCACUUAGUGUGAAGAGAAAGUGCAAACGUGUUAAACAAACUUUAUUUUGAUAUGAAUACUUUCAUUUCCCCUUUUGUUGAUUACUGGAAUUUAUAAAAAAGUAUAUUUAGUAUACUGGUACUACAGUAUGUGUGGUACAGUGUACGCAGUAUUAAGAGGGGUUCUUUUUAACUCGCUACAAAACAAUAUUUUGUAUGAGUCCUUUUAUCCUUUAGCGUAGAGGAAGAUUGGCAUUACACAUCAAUAUUUAUAUAGAUCCUGAAACUAUUUUUACAAAAACCAAAGAUAUUACAAGGUUAGCUUUUUCCUCUCCUGUGUUAAAAGAAAAAAGAAAAAAAAGUAUUUUAAGUUCACCUCGGUUCCACAAGAGGGCAUUGUUUCUUUUUAUAACUAACAAUCAAGAUUUCACCAUGAAGCUGUUAUGCAAUUUUACCUCAGUAGGGAAGAAUUUACUUGUAUACUUUUUUAAUGAUUUAAAGUACUUUCAUGCUCAAGAACAAACAAAGAAAACUGUAGUCACAUUACCAGUCACUUCCAGCAUUGAGUACACUUUAAUCCCUUAAGCCUUAACUCAAUGCUUGUAUUGUUAAAUAUAUAUUUUCUCAAUUUCAGUCAUUGCACCACUCAAAGUAUUUGGCUGGUGUGUGCCUGAUGCCGGUGCCAUAAAUGUGUGUGUGUAUUUGUGUGAGUAAACGCGUUCAUUGUGGCUGACGUACCAGCCGCUGCAGAUUGGUUACGUUAGUUUCCACCACCAUUUGCUGACUAGUUACCCUAAAGUAAUCUAAUCCGUCUGCUCACUUCAAAUGUGACAAUGACAGACCAGUGGUGUAUUUGAGACAAUAUAUGACCUUCCAAUCAAAUCAUGUUUUCUUAAAAUGCAAUUUUUGUAAGCAUGUCGUUGCUGACAAAAAUAUUUAAUAUUUUAUUGAUGAAAUGUAGAACAAUUCAGACUGUGAUAAUGAAAACUGACCUUUCAAUCCAAUAAACACAGAAUUGUAUUGAAUAUAAAAA